GUAGAGCGUGGAGUAACAAUCGACAGUAUUCUCAUAAUUUCAUACAUCAAUUUUCGUUUUUUUGGUUGCGUGCAUACGUUUCAAUAUGGCUAUGCCUAUGCAUACCGAGAAUAAUGGUAGUGCUAGCACCCCUGUACAUGCUGAGAAUAAUGGUCAAGCCCCUGUGGAUACGACGAGCAUUAAGGAUAACGAUAAUGCAUAUAAAAUGUUUGGGAAACGGUUUGCUAAUACAAGUCGAUUAAUGGUUUCCAGUAAAGUCUGGCAGAGGACCAUCCCAACGCAGAACUGUGAUAUCCUUCUAACAUUUCCCGCUAAAACCGAUGACUCCACGUUGAUGUGGCUUCUAGCAAGAUUAAAAUGGCGAACACCAGAGAUUGUUGUGCACGUGAGACACCAUAGUAAUUCAGGAAUCUAUGGCUUUUAUAUGACUGCUACUUAUGAAAAUUUAUUAAAAGGAGCCGAAGAUCUUGCAAUACAGAAGCCACUGAAAUCAGAAUAUGGCGGAGGUUUGAAGGAAUUUACGUUCGAAGAUCAGGAAUGUUUCGCAGGUAUCCAGGAUGAAAAAGCUUUUUUAACUAGUCAAGAACGUCAAGCGAUAUUAUAUCACAUGUUGAAUAAUCUCCGGGCAGAAGAAGGGGAAGAAUUAGAAAAGAUAAAGUUUUUAGAAGGACAACCAAUUGUGCCAUUAUUAGAAUCUAAGAAGAUUAUUUCGCGAGUCUUCCCACUUCACUGUAGUGAGGAUCUGUCAUAUUUAAAUAAAAGCUGGGUUCAGGCUUUCUUUAAACCACAGCCAUUAGGGCCAAUCUGUGAAUAUUUCGGUGUAAAAAUAGCCAUGUAUUUCGCUUAUCUAGGACAUUAUACCAUAUCACUAGUUGUGCCGACCAUUUUAGGAAUGUUGUUAUGGAUCAUACAAGGCAAUCAGGCGCCAGUUCUGAUUUAUAAAGUGAAGAGUUUAAUAAUUCCAUGUUCGGGACUAUCAGGAAUUUAUUCAAGUCAAGCAUGUAGCGUAAACCGGACAUUUUCAGAAGCAGACCAUAUACACGGAACAAAGAGUGUUGAUGAUGUUACUUUUGUUAUUUUCGCUGUUGUUAAUGUUAUGUGGGCCACGUUGUUUCUGGAACAUUGGAAGCGGACAAGUUCCGAGUUGGCGUAUAAAUGGGGAACAUUGGACAGGCAAGAUGAUCUAUUAGAAGAUCCAAGACCACUCUUUAAGGGUGAUCUCGUCCGGAAUCCUGUAACAGAUCGACUGUGUUUUGAAUUUCCGUCAUGGAAACGUAACCUGUUCCGUUACCUAGUAACCGUUCCUGUCAUAUCAACAUGCCUACUUGUUGUUUUCGUUGUUAUGUUGUUGAUUUUUGAAUUACAAGAAUGGAUAAAUAAUCUCGUUCUUUCUGGUGACAUUCCUAAUUUUGUUCGUAUAUUUCCUAAAAUAAUGCUGGCGUUGUCGAUAGGUGUUCUGGAUGAUAUAUAUAAGAAGAUUGCUCAUUGGUUAAAUGACCAAGAGAACUACAGAUUAGAACACACGUAUGAAACAGCUCUUAUUAUUAAACUAGUAUUGUUUCAGUUUGUGAAUUCCUUCCUCUCGUUGUUUUAUAUUGCGUUUUAUUUACAAGAUAUGAACAGAUUACGAGAUCAAUUGGCAGCCAUUUUAAUUACUCGUCAAGUUAUUGGCAAUAUCAAAGAAGUUUUGCUACCUUACCUUAUAUGGAAGGGUCGUCUGCUAAAAUUUGGAUACAAGAUGGCGGGUGAGAUGUCACCUGGUAGUCUUGAUCAGCAAGUAAAAGAAAUGACGGAACAGAAACGGGAAAAAACUCCACCCCCUCCUAGCGAGGGUACAGGAAUGACGAUUGGAACGGACCAGGAAGGCAAAGAGCAGACAAAGCAAGACAAAGCAGAAACGAAAAAUACUGGUCCAGUUUUAACUCAAGCAGAAGUUGAAAGUGCCAUGAAACCAUAUGAAGAUACCUGGGAAGAUUAUAUGGAAAUGGUUAUACAGUUUGGUUAUGUGACACUCUUUUCCUCAGCUUUUCCUCUCGCAGCUUUAUGUGCCUUCAUAAAUAACAUAAUAGAAAUACGCAGCGAUGCCUUUAAAUUAUGUACCAAUCAUCAAAGACCGUUCGGUAAACGAGUUUCAACCAUUGGAAUAUGGCAGGAUGUCAUGGAAAUAAUGGGUGUUAUAGCUGUAAUAGUGAACUGUGCUCUAGUAGGAACAUCAGGUUUAUUACCCAGAUUAAUUCCCAGUCUCUCUGUAGCGUCUACAAUAUUGAUCAUUGUUGUUGUAGAGCAUCUGUUAUUAAUAUCAAAGUUUACCCUGGCAACCGCUAUACCUGAUGUACCAGAAUGGGUAGCAGCAGAAAAAGCUAAAUGGGAGUUUAAACGAAGACUUGCUUUAAAGAGAUUGGAAUCACAAAAUACUGGUGCCUCACCAGAUGUAAAAGAUCGACCACCAUUCCGACAACCAGUCAGUCCAACUUCUCCUGACAGUUUUACACGAUCCACCCAAAAUAAUCGUGAGUCGCAUCGGGAUAAUCAAGGAGUAAAUGAAGCUGACAGUUUUGAAAGACAGUUGUAUAAUCGCAAUAUGAUCAACGCUAAUCAGAGCACUACAGUAUACUCAAUGGUUGCAAGACCAACAGAACGACCAUCUAGACGUCUUUCAGAGACAAGUAAUUCGGGUGAUGGUCAACGUCGUGUCUUGGGCAGGAGAUACACAGAACCUCAACGCAGUAGCUAUAUAGUCGAGGCUCAGCGUGAUACACAGCAGCGAGAAAGAUCCAGAAAUACUUCACCUCUGCAUUCCUACAGUUAUGAUGACAGACAUGAUCAUAAUCGCUACGGCCAUGGUUAUAAUAGUCAUAGUUACAGCCACAGUCAAGAACAUGAUUCUAAAGAUACCUCGCCUGCUCAAUCGACACACGGCUCAGCCCGUAGUCCAAUUAAAACACAGCUACUGGAGGAAUACAUUGCUUCAUAUAAUUCAGCUUUGUCUCAUGACCGUUCACAAGUACCAAGUAAUAAGUUUUUGGACAGUCACCUGAGAAAAAGGAAUUUAUCACCAAUAAAGGUAUCUAGUAACCCCGGUACGUGGCGAUCAAAUCGCUCCCCAAGUCCCAGCAGCAGACGUUCAGGUCCAAAUUCCAGACCAAUGAGCCCCAUUAUAGCCGACCCACAAUUGACCCCAAAUUCAUCAUCUCCCUCCCCUACAAGUUAUAAAGUAACAGCUCCUUUUGGCACAGAGAUGACAUCACCUAUUCUCCAUCGUCGUAGGAAAGAUGUUCGAAGUGAGAUUCCUGUGGCACAAACAAAAGAAUUAAGCAAAGAUUUUGCACACACUGAAAAGAAAAUGCAGUUUAGUAGUAAAAAUGUUGGCGAUUGUUUAAAAAUAGAAAGUAGAAUUCCAGUUGCAGAUCAUCCAAGAUCUCCAACACCAGUCUCUGCACCAUUCGCUUUAUCUACAGACUGAAAUAGAAAUAUCUGAAACUACUUUAUCUGUUAAUAUUAUGAUGAAACGGGUCUUUUGCUUGAAAUACUGUACAAGGAGCAGGUUCAUUACCAGUUAUUGAUAGGAGGAAAACAGGUCAUUGUUGAAAUUCUUCAGUUUCCAACGCAGUGAAUCCACUAUGUUCAAAUUCUCAGCCUUGAAGAGAAGUGGUUUUGGUUACCCAUUAGGAUCGAUUAUAGUAUUUUCUACAAAAUCUGGGUUUUCAUAGUGUUGUGAUAAACAGUUAUGUGAUCAUUAUAAGGGAGUAAUCACUAAAUCAGAUUCAUUGGUGAUCAUUUCAGAAGACCAAAUUUCAAAACUGUGCCUGAACAUAUUAUGGGGAAAGUUUUGUAAAGGGACUUCAUCUUAAUACAUUUAUCUGUUGGAUAUUUUUCUGUUUCUGCUCAACUGCAUCAUAAAGAUGUUUAUACCCUGCCAGUUUAAAAGAAAUCAUCUUAAAUACAUCCUGCCUACUUGUAUUUGUUCAAAAUUGAUAUUUAUACAUUAUUGUAUUACACAUGUCCGUAAAUAUGGAUGGACAAUUCAUAAUAUGGAUGGACGAUGGACAAUUCAUAAUAUUGAACAGGGAUCAUAGGGAUGACCAAAUCGUGUGAAGCCAGGGAUAUUCAUUCAUAAAAGUCUAUCUAAUUUGUAUAUAAUAUUUCGUUUAACCUAUUAAUAGUAUUACAAAUUGGAGAAGGUCCAUUUUAUAUUUGUGAAUUUUCUGCUGGUUUUAUUUUGUGGCAAAGGUAUUUUUAAUAGCUGAAUUUUUACAAUACACAUCUUUACUAAUUUGUGUUGUAUUUUAGUAUAUGAAUAUAUAAUCUUUGCUGAAAAAUUCUAAAUUAGACAUUCUUACAGAUGUAUGCUAAGGUGUUAGUUAUUUCAUAGACUAAUAGCGUUACACCUGGACAUUUCCAAAUCGAUAAUGAUGGAAACCUUGUGUCUUUUGUAGAAAUCGUGAUCUUUUUAUAAUAGAUUAGGUCCAUUGUGUAAACUUUGAUAUACUAAAAUAUUGGACAUAUAUUUGUUAUUUGCAUGACAGGUAUGUGUUUUGUUAUUUUUAGAAUCUAUUGGUGCAUUAAAUUAGGAAUCAGUAUUUGCUCAAAAGAUAUCUAGUCAUAAGUUUGUUUUGUUUUAUUUAAUAUAAUUUUCUUAUUUAAUUUUGUACAUUGCUGAAGGUAAAAUUGUACCAUUGUAAACUCUCAUAUCAUAAAUUCAUCAUAAUUGUUUUAUUGUAUCAGUACUUAUGCUGAAAAAGAUGUGAAUAUUUUAAAUAUAUUUAUAUUAAUUUGUAUAUUUUGUCUGAAUUUCAUUGAAAUCCAUUCAUUAAUCAUUCUAUCUACCAGUAGUGUUCACUGGUCAUGACUUCAUCUUCAAAACCAUGUCAUGUUCAAAACCACCACAUUAUCUUCAAAACCACUCAAUUCACUGUGAAUGACAAGGACAUACAUCAAUUGUAGAUCAUUGCUUUAUUUAUUUUAAAGAAAAAAGCCCUGAGACAGAGAGAAAAGAUUUCAUGUUUUCUGGCUCACAAACAUUAUUUCAUACGAUAAAGGGUUGCAUAUGUUGUUUUGUCAAGUACAAUGUUGUUAAAGUCGAAUCUCUAAAAGGAAUAUCAGUUAGUUCAGUAUUUACUAGGGGUACUCAAUUGGACGUUCCGGAAUUGAAUCCUCUCAAUCUCAAAAAUAGUGACAACAUAAGAAAGUAUUUUAAUCAAUUAUGAGAUCGUAAAUUUAUUUGUUGUGUUUAAUUGUGUCACGAGUCUACUCAGACCACAUCUGUUGUCGGGAACGAUAGAACUGUGACUGGACUAAAUUCCGCGUGUCUAUCAAUUCGGGACGUUCUGGACUGACAAUUUAGUAUCUCCUCUGCAAAUGAUAUGAACAUGCUAGUGCCACCUAUAAGUGUUGGGUAAUCUUUUGGUGGGCAUCUUUUUUUUAUCCAAUUGAAUUCUAUCUUGGAUUUUAUUUUCUUUAUUAAAUGUUAAAUAAUAAAUUUGAGUUCAUUUUUGAUUGGAUUAUGCUGCAAGAGAUUAUAUGUUGGUCGAAAAAUGCAAAUGACAAUCAGUAGUUUUAAUGAAAUGCCACAAAGGGAGAUAAUGAUUUGUUUAGUGUUUAUUAUAAGAAAUGAAUAAAGUAAUGAGGUGGAUUCAGCCCAGAGAUGUGGAUUUGUUUCAUGUUUUGUUUUAUUUGGACCAUAUUUGUAAUUACCGGUAUAGUUUGUUUACAGGGCUCUUGUUUCAGUAAUAUUUGCCAUUCUUGACUGACAGUGAAAAUCAUAAGGUCUGUCAUUUAGUCAAGUGACGUGGUUUUUUUUUCCCUGCUUGUACAUUACAAGGAGUAGGGUCGCCUGUCAAUUCUUUUGGGUUUUCUCCAGGUCCUCCAGUUUCAUCCCACUGCUACAUGCAAGCAAAUUAUUGAAAUAAAAUUGAACCAUAUGUUAGUUCCAAAAUGUUCUAGUUUGUGUUGAGUGGACAUAAAACUCAAUUUCUCUCUGACAGUGAAAUUUUAAAGAAUUUAUCCUUGAUACACAAUAUUCUACUAUUUAAAAGUUGGGAUAAUACUAAAAAUUGGGAUAUUUUUGGGAAAAAAUGUUUUGUUAAUCCAAGGUACUGGUAAACAAAAUAUGCCAUACAUUGACAGACUGGCAAUAUUCUGAAGUGAAAGCCCUGCUUUGUUACUUUUAUCUGAAAAUGAACCAGGUUUGUGUAGUUAUAUUGAGAUUUUAUUAUUUUAUUUCUUGUUAGUGAAAGUUUACAAUUAUAUAUUUUUCUUGUUUUGACAUUCAAUAGUAACUUGAUCUGUUAUAUUUAUUUAUUUGUUAGUUUAGUUUAUUUGUGUAGAUGUACGUCCGUGUGAUUUACUAAACACUGUUCACUUUAUUCUACUAUUGUUACUUGGUGCAGAACAGUAGAACAUUAAACCCCAUUUCGUUUUAUUUCUGCUAUAGCUUGUGCACACCAGGGAUCCCUCUUCCAAAUUUGUGCGGCAGAUAGUAAUGGAAGUGGUGACAUGGACAAAUCUCUUCAUCACUUCAAAUAUGUUUAGUGGUUGUUUAUAAAAUAUAAAAAGUCAACAGUUGUCAACAUCACGGAGGUUUGUCUUGCAGCAAGAAGCAAUACUCAUAUCUGUCAUAAUCAAUAGAUUAGGCCAAACCAAUUUGAUUUUUGUUUUUCUGGAUUUUAAUGCCUAGCAUUGUGAUAGGCUGUAAAUGCUAUCUGCCAAUAUGUUUUUUGUUUUUUUUUUUGUUUCCUUAAACUUUCAAAAUUUGGAGCCAAGCAAAGUUGUUUGCUUUUUUUCAAGAAAUAGGAACCAGACUUUUCAUAAAUAGUUUAAGUAGCCUUUAGUACCCAAAUAGAAUAAAAAUUACUUUUUACAAGAGUUUUCUUGUCUUUAUCAUGUAUUUCGUAGACUUUUCAUAAUUGGUCCCGAAGAACUAACAUUUAAAUUGGUGUGGCCUUAAUGAUUUUAAUUUAUUUCUAGUAACUCAGAUAUUUUCCGUUGAUAUUAUUGAAGCAGGUAACACAAUCCAGGUACUGAUAACUUUAAAUUGAAUAUGAGAAUGUUAGAAGUUAAAGUACUGAUACAGAUUGUGAAAGUUUGUGAUAAUUGUAUCAGUAAUGUUUAAAUUAGAUUUUGUAAAUUUAAGUUUAUAAUCUUUAGCAUCUGUUUCCUGCCUGAGUAUGAAUUCUUGAUUUUGGGGUAAAAAGUGACAUAAUCAUCUCCGGAUCCAUUUACCUUCAAACAUUGUUUUAAUUCCAUCAUCUCUAACAUGUGAUCACCAUGGUGAUUGUUUAAAUUUUAUCAUCUCUAACAUGUGAUCACCAUGGUGAUUGUUUAAAUUUUAUCAUCUCUAACAUGAUCACCAUGGUGAUUAUUUUGAUUUUAUCAUCCUCUAACAUGUGAUCACCAUGGUGAUUGUUUUGAUUUUUUCAUCCUCUAACAUAUGAUCACCAUGGUGAUUGUUUUAAUUUUAUCAUCUCUAACAUGUUAUCACCAUGGUGAUUGUUUUAAUUAUAUCAUUCUCUAACAUGUGAUCACCAUGGUGACUGUUUUGAUUUUAUCAUCUACAUUAAUUAAAUUCAAACAUUGUUUUAAUUGUAUCACCUUCAUUAAUUUCCAUCAAACAUUGUUUUAAUUUUAUCAUCCUCUAACAUGUGAUUACCAAGGUGAUGAGAAUUUUCUUAAGAACUUUUUAUGUGAAAUAUUGGGCCAGGCAGCUUAAAAUAAAAAAAUUAAAAUAU